CAAGGAACCCUUUUAGUUUCGGUCUGUCCGUCCGUCCGUCUGUCUGUUUGUCUGUAAGCUUUUUUGCUCAGAGAGUAUAAGAUCUACAAAGCUGUAAUUGGCAUGAAUGCAUAUAUUAAUGAUGCCGACAAUGUUAAUGAAAUGCAUAUUCUAACUACUGUUACAUGCUUGAUGAUGCUUCAUGAUGCUUCAUGAUGCUUCAGUUCAUGGUUUCAUGGACUCUCUCCAAUAAAAAAAUACUCAAACCAAUUGUCAUUUGUCGUUUGUCGAAUGUCAGUUGUCACAUGUCAUUUGUCAAUUAUCAUAACAAAAUAUUCCGAAAUCACAUGUUUUUGUGUUAAAAGGAGAUCGAGUUAUUGUUAUGAAAGUUAUUCGUUUUUAAUAAACUUUAACAUGAAGACAUCAGUAAAACAUAUAUACACAUCGGUCGCAUGUAACCGUACCCCAGAAGUAGUCGAUUGGAAUGAACAGGGACUCAUAUGUUUUGGAGCAACAAACGCAGUGGUUAUUUACGAUAGGAAUUCUAAAGAUGAAGAUCCUCUAAUAGUUCUCAGUCAUCACACAUCUAAAGUAAACUCUGUUAAAUGGGUCCGUAAAGAGGAUGGCACAUGUACAGAGUUGUUAUCCUGUUCUGCCGAUAAAACUGCUGCUAUCUGGACGUUAAGUGAUGGGUUAUGGAAGGUCACCAGUGUCUUGAAAGGGCAUGAAGAAGGAGUCAAUUGCAUACAUGGAUUAUAUACAGGAAAUUGUUUGAUAGUGUUCUCAGGAUCAAUAGAUUCAUCUGUCAGAGUGUGGGAAAGAACAGAAGGUGUAGCAACACUGACUCAGACAAUAAACUUGCACUCAGGCUUGUGUCUGACAUUACAUGCGGCUCUGCUACCUAUAUCCAACCAACCACUCUUGUUCUGUGCACUGGAUGACCACAAGAUACAUGUGUUUGCUAAAAUAGACGAGUACCACAGAGUCCACAUGCUUAUUGGACAUGAAGAUUGGGUUCGGGGACUUGAUGUUUUGAAAUUAGAUAAUGAAUGUAUAAUGCUCGCAUCUGCCUCGCAAGACACAUACAUUCGUGUUUGGAAAAUACAGAAGCACAUAGAAGAGACCACUCAUGGUAUCAAAGUUGAACAGAAAGUUUUUAAUGCAUACAACAUAGACUGGUCAGUGAAACUUGAUGCAGUGCUGGCUGGUCACGAAGGUUGGGUGUAUGGGGUGCAGUGGCAAUCAAUUAAAGAUAGCAAUGGCCAGUCCAGCUACAGAAUUCUAACAUCCUCCCUGGACAAAACCCUCAUUAUCUGGGAAACUGAUAACCAGGGUGGGGCAUGGGUGGAGAAAGUGAGGGUCGGAGAAGUGGGUGGUAAUGGACUGGGCUUCUACGGCAGCAGAUUCGGUCCAAACUCAAUCCUAGCACAUGGCUACAACGGAUCUUUGCAUAUAUGGGAACAUAAGAGCAGCAACUCGUGGGUUCCGAGUGUGGUGGCGGGCGGGCACUUCGGCGGCGCGGAGGAGGUGCGGUGGGAGGGGCGAGGGCGGUACCUCGCCAGCACCGCGCUGGAUCAGACCACGCGUGUGCAUGCGCCGUGGCGACGCAAGGGCAGUGUGACCCGUUGGCACGAGAUCGCCCGCCCGCAAGUCCACGGCUACGACCUGUCCGCGCUCGUACUGGUGUCGCCCACAACGCUCGUGUCCGCUGCUGAGGAGAAAGUUAUCAGGGUGUUCCGGGCACCAAACAACUUCCUGCUCAACUAUAGGAAUAUCGUGGGGGAUACGCUGGAGGACGCUAUAGCAGGACCCGAAGGAGCGUCAGUGCCGUCUCUAGGACUAUCAAACAAGGCGGUUUUCAGUGAAGGUGAUCAGAAAAAUGGCGAUGACAACGACGGCUACUUCGUACCUAUAGAAUUAACUGCUCCACCUACAGAGGAGACCCUCAUGCAAAACACUCUCUGGCCGGAGACGCACAAGCUGUACGGUCACGGGUACGAAGUCCACUGCCUCGCCGCCGCAGCCGACGGCAGCUUGCUCGCGUCCGCCUGCCGCGCUACCAAUGUUGAACACGCAGCCGUUAUACUUUGGGAGACAGAGAACUGGCAACAAAUACAGAAGCUGCCUUCUCAUAAUCUUACAGUGACACAGCUAGCGUUCUCACCAGACAGUCAAAGACUGCUGUCAGUGUCGCGCGACCGAAGAUGGACCAUAUUCAAGAGGCGGGAAGGUUCAAAUUUGUUUGACCUGGAAGCUUGCACGGAUAAGACCAAUGGAGUACACACAAGAAUCAUUUGGUGUUGUGCCUGGUCACACGAUGGACAGGUCUUUGGUACUGGAUCAAGGGAUGGAAAGGUUUGUCUAUGGUCAAAAACAGGGUCUAUGUCUGAAACAUCUCUAGAGGAUUAUGGCUUAUUUGGAACACCGCUAGAAAUACCCAAGGAGUCAGUGACAGCAUUAGAUUUUGCACCGAGAGACGCGGCGUCGCGGAUACUAGCGGUGGGCUUCGACUCCGGCCGGAUACGGAUAUACGGCUUCGACGGCGACUGGUCGCUGAAGAUUGAACUGGAUAAUAGUGCUGCUCACCACCUGACAGUGCGGCGGUUGUGUUUCCGCCCCGGCGACGACACCUGGCUGGCGAGCUGCGGCAGCGACCACCUCGUCCGAAUAUAUUCUAUUGCUUUGUAAAUAUAUUUUAUACACUCA